AUGUCUCCGCAGAUCAACCAACCGUCCAACCAGAUCAAGCUGACAAACGUCUCGCUCGUACGUCUGAAGAAGGGCAAGAAGCGAUUCGAGAUUGCCUGCUACAAGAACAAGGUGAUGGAAUGGCGCUCCGGCAUAGAGACCAACCUCGACAACGUCCUGCAGAUUCCCAGCGUCUUCUUCAACGUGUCCAAGGGGCAGACCGCGUCGAGAGAGGACCUCGAGAAGGCUUUCGGCAAGGGCAAGACGACCGACGACAUGGUGCUGGAGAUCCUCAACAAGGGCGAGCUGCAGGUCGGCGAGAAGGAGCGGGCGGCGCAGCUGGAGCGCGUGCACAACGAGGUGGUCGGCAUGGUGGCCAGCAAGCUGGUCGACCCGAGGACGAAGCGGGUCUACACGUCUGGCAUGAUUGAAAAGGCGCUGGACAUGCUGAGCUCGCAGGCGCACAGCACCAGCGGAGACAAGAGCGGCGCGGGAACCCCGGCCACGGGCGACGACGCCGAGGCGAAGCCCAGGGCCAGGGAGCACAGCUGGACCGGCGUCGUGACGUCAAAGAGCGCCAAGAGCCAGGCGCUGGAGGCCAUGAAGGCCCUGAUAGCCUACCAACCCAUCCCCGUGGCCAGGGCGCGCAUGAGGCUGAGGGUUUCUUGCCCGACCAGCGUGUUGAAGCAGGCCGUCAAGGGGGCGGCCAGCAAGGGAGCGGCCGAGGACGAGGACAGGGAGCAAAAGGCGGCGGGCACAGUCAAGGACAAGAUCUUGGGUUACGUGGAGCAGGUAGAGAGCCAGGAUGUCAUGGGAACCGAGUGGGAAGUGACGGGGUUUGUCGAGCCUGGCGCGUUCAAGGCCUUGUCCGACUUUAUCGGCAACGAAACCAAGGGCCAGGGAAGGGUGGAAGUGUUGGACAUGGCGGUGACGCACGAGGAUUAG